AUGCGUCAGAAUCAGUGGAACUGCAUUCCAGCACAGCACAGAUUCGGAAAAUCCGUUUCUGUUGCUUCUUCGUGGACUGGUUGGUUUGAGCUCGCGGUGUUGGUGGAAAAUUGGAAGAUCUUGCGGGAAUAUCGAAGCUGUGACGGGCACAGCCGGAAGGAGUUUGCUAAGUCGAAUGAAACUUGGGAAGUGCGCUCAGCUGGACUUAGGGCAUCGACCUUUAUUGCUAGCAUCGGUGCUCUAUUUUGGUCGAUGGUGCUGCUGAUGAUUCUGAAGUUCAUAGGCGUUUAUGCAUUUCACCUCUUGGGUUCUGAAUUUCAUUUGGUUUGCUGGGCUGUGAUGCCGUUACCUCGGCCUAUGCCCAGAUUGGUGCAGAAGGCAUUGCCAGGCUUGCAAGGCUUGGAAGAGGAUGGUGCUGGCGAGUGCUGGGGCGCGCUGAAUUUCGAUGUGAGAGGAGCUCACAAACUGGUGAACGUUACCCCUCCAGAGCAGGGUUUGUCCUGCUUUGAUCUGCUUUGUGGUCAAAGGCUCAUGGUUUGCCUUCAGGUCUUGCUAUUUUGGAUGUUGGUGGGCAGCCUACUGUGUUCUCGCGGGUAUUGCCUUCCUCGCCUGGCGUUGUCACCAAUUUCUUUGGAUCAAGCACGGUUUUUCCUUUACGUCGCUGAUGGGCUGGCAUUGUUUCCUGCCAAGGCGCCCCCCCUCUUGGCUACAUCUUUGCUCUAUUUCUUAGCGGCGCUCGGAGCCCCUCUCUCUUGGGAGAAACUGCGCAUGGGAACCCCAUGUCCUGUGAAUAAAAGUGGCGCGCAACUGCGGCUCGCAUCUCUAGCCCAAGCGCUCCGCUUGACCAAGCUCAUGGGCUGGCACGUUGCUGGUGUCAGAAACGAAUGGGCAGAUGACUUAAGCCGCAAUUGCUUGGAAGGUUUUGAGCAGGGUUGUGGAGGGCUUGAUCAAUUCUUCGACGCUGGGAAGGUCAUCUUCGCGAUCAUUCGAAUCAUCACUGCCAUUUUCUUGAAGGCCUGCAGUGAAGUGAGAGAGCUUUGGCACCAUUUCACACCUACUGGUACCAUAGGUUUGGGCACGCAAGUGGUGUGUGAGGUGCACGAAGUUGAGCCACUCUUUGACCUCUUAGAUGAUGGGGUUCGCUUGCUCAGUGUUGGUGGAUGCUUCGGUGGAAAGGGUGCAGGCUUUGUGCAAGCUGCUGCCUAUUGGCUGAAGGGACAAGCGCGCUCUUUGGACGUGAUCUCCAUUAUGCAUGCCGAUGGCUUAGCCGAGCUUUCCGUCAUGUCACGUUUUUCGGAGGAUGCAAAUAUGAUUAUGACACAGCCCAAUGCUCAGUGCCGGGAGAUGAAACGCAGCUUAGCACUUCUGGAGCAAACACUCGGGGUGUGGCCCACAGAGCGAAAGCUGUGGAAGGGCGAGAACUGCAAGUUGGUUGCCUGCUCCGGCUCGGGCUGUGGCAAGGGGCCACGGCGGACAUGGCCUUCCAAGCAGAGCAAGCCACCGCCUGAGAGGGCAUUCGUGAGCGCUACUUUGCGCCGCUUUCAAGGUUUUAGGAUGGAUGCCACAAGCCGCUGCGGUUUUGCAAUCCUUUGCGCCAAGGAAAGGCCUCCAACAUCCGCACAGGCACAGGCCGCAGGUGUUUCACCUAAAAGCCUUGAGUUGAAGCUUGUUCAACUAGCACCACUUUUGCAGGACCUCCAGUCCCUUUGUGCUGUGUCCCAGAACUGGGCCAGCAUCAAUGCGGCUGCGUGGUCUGCCACGCAUGAGUACCUGUUUCAGGAGCCUGGCACGAAGAAGGACUUGAGCCGAAGAUAUGUAGGGAGGACUCAGGCAAAUUGCAUGAGGAACCUGGCGGUCAAGACAUGGAUUAGCAGCGCUACGGCAGCAGUGCCGGAAGGUGCUGCGCGGGGGCUAUGCCAGCUUUGUUCCUUUGGAUCUGAUGCGACCGAACGGCUUUGGGUAGAGUGA